ACCCUCGUCAUUCUGUCUUCCAGUUGACUGAAAGUUGGUGCCUCGCUAUAUCAAAAGUUUUAUUAGUCCAGGAUUGUUUGAUUACUUCCCUUUGAGAACAAACAGCUUCUUGAACAAAACCAAUUCUCCGUGCUUUUCAACAGAUUUUGUUGUGACACCAUGUGGAAAAAUAUUAUUGCAAUCGUUCUCAUAUCAGGUUGCCCCCCUGUUUCUGAAGGUGUAUUCUACAAGUUCCUGAAAAUAUCCAAAUCAUUUGAAGAAUCUCGACAAUAUUGUACCAGCGCAUUUGAUGGACUUGCUGAAGUCCACAAUUCACAGCAGCAAACGGUUUUAUCACAAGUAGUUGAAGACACUGCGUGGAUUGGAGUGCUAAAAUGUGGUGGAAACUGGUGCUAUCCUAGCUCACUUAGUAGGGUAUCCUACACCAACUGGGCAGAUGGAGAGCCAAACAACUACAAAUUCCUCUUCUUUGGCGGAGAAGAGAAUUGUGUCGAGAUGCUGAGUAGCCAUGAAUGGAAUGAUAAAAAUUGUGAUAACGAAAACUAUUUUGUGUGCCAGAAAUUUCAUUGCCAAGAAACGACUUGUAACAGAAGAGGCACAUGUUCUGAAUUAAUUGAUGGUUUUAAGUGCAGCUGUAACCAAGGUUACUAUGGCGACAAGUGUGAAAAUGAGAAAUGCAAAGCAACAACCUGCAAUGGAAGAGGCACGUGUUCUGAACUGCCUACUGGGCUCAGGUGCACAUGUGACCAAGGUUUCUAUGGAAACAAUUGUGAAAACGAGAAAUGCAAAGCAACAACCUGCAAUGGAAGAGGCACGUGUUCUGAACUGCCUACUGGGCUCAGGUGCACAUGUGACCAAGGUUUCUAUGGAAACAAUUGUGAAAACGUUACUGUGUGUCCAGGUUUUACUAAACCAAACAAUAGCCAAGUUAAAUGCGAAGACUUGCACGGAGAGAACCACUUCCAGUCUGUGUGCACCUUUACCUGUGAACCGGGGUUUAUUUUGAAUGGAACCAUUUCAACUACAUGCCAAGCAUCUGGUGUUUGGACGGCUCACAACACAGUCUGUCAAGAUGCUGUCAAUUACCACAAUCCAAUCCUCAUCAUUAUUCCUGUGGCAGGAGCAGCACUUCUUUUAAUAAUACCAGUGAUCGUUUGGAGAUGCAGGAGAAACCAUAAAGAACAAGCCGACACCACCAAUGACCUUUCAACUCCACAGGAGACAGCAGAAGUUUAUUGCGUGAUACCACACAAUGACAUGUAUAUCAACACUGACAUCGCUCAGCGGGACUUGAAAUAGUGACAUCAUUCAACAGAAAUCUGUCAGUUUCUCGUGUUGAAAUUUGUGGUAUUAAAUCAAAUUGUGUCUUUAAAAUGAAUGUUAAACUACUUUUUACAGCUGUUUGUAUUUACCUCAGUCUUUAUUUGAUAGAGAGGGCAACCCAGUUAAACUUUGCUAAUGUUAAAGUUGGGAACUUUCUUAGGAAUAUGACGAGCAUUUGUUAAUUUUGCUAGUAGUAAUUUGCAGGCCAUGAUUUGGAAUGAAAUAGGAAGAAAAUACUGGAAAUAAAUAUGGAGAAUAUUUAAGGGAAAUGUUGAUUGGAAAGGAAGAGGGAAGAAUCCUGAAUGAGAAGGCAGGGGGAGGGGAAGGAGUACAAUCCAGUAGGUGAUA